AUGCCAUUACCUUACAAUGAUGAUAGUGGUCCAGGAAAGGAAAAUCAGAAAAUGGAGGAGAGAGUUGACUGGAUGAAAGACGAUCUUAUGGAAUCUUCUGAAGGAAAAUCUCUAAAAAGGCAGACUAGCCAACCUAUUCAAGGAUUAGCAAAGACUAAAAAGCAAGCCAAUUGGAAAAGAAGAGGCCAUGAUAGGUCUCUCCAAACUUGUGUUUCCACUAAUGCACUUAGUAUGCAAGCAUAUAUAUCUGGAGGUUCUAAAAGGGGUAGGAGAAAAUUGAAAGAGGGAGAAGAAGAUGGAGGCUUUUCUAAGAAGGCAAAAACGGCAGUCCCACCAGUAGCAACAAGUUGCCUUAGUUGGAACUACAGAGGGCUUGGGAACCCUCGGACAGUUCGAGAGCUUCACACUUCGGUGAAGAAUAAGAGCCCAAAUUUUAUUUUCCUAAUUGAGACUGUGAGAACAAGGUUCGGAUUUGACCAUAGUUUUGUGAUUGAUAGCAAAGGCCUUAGUGGAGGUAUUGCUUUUCUUUGGAGAGGGGAUCAUGCAAUGGAAUUGGAAUCUUACACAAGGAACCAUAUCUCCUUGAGAGUUACUCAUCCUGUAGUAGGGAAGGACUGGAUUCUAGUUGGCUUUUAUGGGAAUCCUCUAACUUCAAAAAGUAGACUAGAUAGUUGGAGACUUCUCAAAGCUCUUAGACCUCCCCCUAGCAUAGAGUGGCUUUGUUUGGAAGACUUUAAUGAGAUAUUACACCAAAAUAAGAAGUAUGGGGCAGCCGUGAGACCUUAUAGCCAUAUGGAAGCACUCAAAUUAGCUAAUGGAGGACAAUGA